AUGGGCACAUGCGUAUCCGUACCAGUGGUGGGCGGCGUCGGCCGGCCAUCCGCGGGCCGCGUCGCAGUUCGAGUUGACCUCCCGGCGCUCAAGCCGUGCGAGGCCAAUGGCGCAGGGCAGGCCGCUCACCAAUGGCCGCAGAGCAGGCCUCUGGGCAAGGCUCUGGCGCAACUUCGCACCUUCAAGGCGAGCGGCAGCCAGCGCUUCCGCCUCGCCGCGCUCCUGAACGGCGCACCACCUGCCGACGGAGCAUGCGACGCCGCAGCUGUGGCCGGCGCUGAACCCCGCGAGCCGACGCCCGCGACGCGCCCCGGCGGCGCCUCCGCACUCCGCCUGGCGCUCUUCAGCCCCCGCCUGCACGAUUCCGCUCAAUCCGUCAGCGGCAAGCCCCGCGGCGGCGGCGGCGCCGCCCGCCGCCGGCGCCCCCUCGGCGCGCGGCUGCGCGGGCGCGACGCAGCAGCGGCCGACCCCUUCGCCGCCACGGCCGCUGCGGACGGCGGACCGCCGCAGCGCGUCGCGCUGCGCGAUCUGGUCACCGGCGAGAUCAUCCCAGACUUCGGUGUCGACGGCGUCUUCGAUGUGCUGCAGCUGCUCGGGUCUGGCGGCGCCGGGUGCACCUAUCUGUGCCGCGACCUGGCGACUAAAGACCUUGUGGCUGUGAAGUUCAUGCAGCGGCCGCUGCCCAAGCUGGCCGUCCCGCUGCUCCUGAGAGGAGCACGCCACGGGCGCCCGGCUGGCAGCCGCAAGCCCGGCUGGCGCCCCCCGCCCUGCUAG